CCUAAAUCCCUCCAUUUCUAUUGCCCUUCUGCCUUUCUCGCCCUUCUGCCUUCACUUUUACCUUAAAUCUCAAACCCUCACUUUCACUCUUCAAGAUUCAAGAAUCUCAUACCCUAAUCUCAAACCCUCCAUUGGUGCCUACUGAUCUGCUACUGGAGCUGCUGUCGGAGCCACACUGCUGCUAGAGUGGAUUGCUGCACACUACUGCUAGACUUCCAAGCAAAUAUCUUCCCCAAACUAUUGAAACAAAGAUGGCUGCGAGUAUCCUUGCCUCUCUCGUAGAUGCAGCUCUGUCGAAGGUGAUUGCUGUUGCUUCUGAUCAGUUCACCUCUCUCGUAGAUGCAGUUGUGUCGAAGGUGACUACUUCUGCUUCUGAUCAGUUCGAUUUAGCACUGGGAUGGAACAAUGAUCUGACGGAGUUUCGUGAUACAAUGGAGACGCUCCGAGGUUUCUUGCAAGAUGCUAAUGAAAAGAACGUCAGUGGCCACCUUGCUCUGAAGAAGUGGCUCCAGGAUCUUCGAGAUGUUGCAGAUGAGGCUGAUGAUAUACUGGAGGAGGUCGCUUAUGAAGGUAUGCAGCGGGAAAUUAAGAAAUCAGAGGUCAGGCACUUGACUCUGCCUGACCCCUCGCCCUUGCUAUUUCGCAGGGAAAUGGCUAAUAGAGUUGCGGAUUUGAAUAAAAGACUUGCUGAUAUCAAUUCCUUGGGUGAGCGGUUGGGACUACAACAAAAAUUUGCAAACAUGGUUCCUGAACCCAGAGGUAGAGCAGGCCGAGAGACUGACUCUUUUCUUUCGUCUCAAGUUUUUGGAAGAGACGAAGAUGUCUCUAAAAUAGUCAGGUCGUUGGUUAACUCAAGUAGUCAGCAUGACCUCCCUGUCAUGAUUAUAGUGGGUAUGGCCGGCCUUGGCAAAACCACUAUCGCAAAAGCAGUGUUUAGAAAUGAUAAAAUACGAGAACAUUUUGGUGAUAAUAAAAUGUGGGUUUGUGUGUCUGAAAAUUUUGAUGUCAAAAGGAUUUUAAUGGAGAUGUUGAAGUAUUGUAGUGGAAGUAGCAGUGGUGAUGAGGAUUUCGGAAGCAGAGAUAGAGUGAUGAAAGAAAUACAAAAGAAGUUGGGGGAGAAAAAUUAUCUUCUCAUACUAGAUGAUGUCUGGAAUGAGGAGAGACAAAGGUGGGAGGAUUUAAGGGAUUGCUUGCUGGGAAUAAGUAAAAAUAAGGGGAGUAGGAUUAAGGUGCUUGUGACAAGCCGGCUUGAAAAAGUUGCGUCGCUAAUGGCACUUACCAAUGAACACAUCCAUCGUCUCCGGCUAUUAAAGGUGGAUGAGUGCUGGACUAUAAUCAAGCAGAGAGCAUUUGGAGACAAUUCAGUACCUGAGGGGUUAGAGGGAAUUGGGAAACAGAUUGCUAGAAGGUGUAAAGGCGUUCCACUAGUUGCAAGUAUUAUAGGGGCUAUUUUGCAGAAUAAGAGGGACAAAAGGGAGUGGCAGGCCAUUACAGAGAACCGUGUUUGGGAUUCACUGGAAAAGGACGAGGGGAUCUUGGAUAUAAUAAAAUUCAGUUAUGAUCGCUUGCCCACACUGGCUUUGAAGCAAUGUUUUGCAUUUUGUUCCAUUUUUCCUAAGGAUUUUGUCAUGAGAAGGGAGAUGCUAAUUCAACUUUGGAUGGCUCAAGGAUUUCUUGAAUCACCUGAAGAAAUUAGUAACAUGGCAGCGGAAGAUAUUGGUGACAAGUAUUUCAGAUAUUUGUUAUCAUAUUCCCUAUUUCAGGAUGAAAGGAGGGAUGAUGUAACUGGGAGUGUUGAAUUUUGUAAGAUGCAUGAUUUGAUUCAUGAUUUUGCUCAGUCAAUUUCAAAAUCUGAGACGCUGAUUGUUGAGGAGCGGCCUAGGAGCAAUAUUUCUGAUGACCUUAGGCAUUUGAAUCUAAUUGAUGGGAGGGAAAUGGUGCCAUCUAUUUUAGGGGAUGUUGCUAAAAAGUUGCAGACAUUGUUUUCCAAGCAUAGUUUUUCUAAUGGUGUGCAAGUGGAUCUUAUAAGGUUGCGAGUUCUCAGCCUUAGAGAUGUUUAUGAUGCAAAACAAUUGCCGACGUGCUUUGGCAACUUGAAGAGGUUGAGGUACUUGGACAUUUCAGGAACUCAGAUAGAAGAACUGCCCGAAUUCAUCUCCGAGUUGUACAAUCUACAAACGUUUAGAUUCAUGGACUGCAAUUCUCUUAAAAUGCCACCCGGUGGAAUAGGAGAUUUAAUCAACUUGAAGCAUAUUUAUUUCAGUGAUGAAGAGCGAAUGCCUGCAAACCUUGGGAGACUAACCAACCUACACACAUUGCCAUUAUUUUUUGUAGGUACAACAGAAGGACGUCAAAUUGAAGAAUUGGGAAGCUUAAGAGAACUCAAAGGAAGACUAAAGAUCUGUAAGCUUGAGCUUGUUGCAAGCAAAUCGGAAGCAGAGGGAGCAAAGUUAAAAGACAAGGCAGUUGAGCAUUUGGAAUUUCAGUGGUCCGAAGGUAAAGGCAAUCAAGAUAAAUAUGAAGAUGUCUUAGAAGGCCUCCAACCCCCCUCAAAUAUAAGAAGAUUAAGGAUUGAUAGCUAUGGAGGUAGAAAGUUGGCAUCAUGGAUGUUGUCACUCGACAAUUUGGUGGAUCUGACAAUUUUCAGUUGCGAGAUGCUUCACAGAAUUCCAGAUAUCAGUGGGCUUCUAUCUCUUCAACAGCUUUAUGUUUCCGACUGUGAUGAAGUAACUAGUUUGGGUGAUGGUGAUGGAGCAUUUACGUCACUCAAACAAUUAUCCAUAUCCAGGUGUGAUAAGUUAGAGAGAGUUUUGGUUAGUGGAUUAUCAUCUCUGGAGGAACUCAAGAUUGAGGGUUGCUGGGGGAUAAAUAGCAUAGGAGAUAGCCUAUCAAGCUCCACGUGUCUCAAACAAUUGUAUCUGGCAAGCUGUUCUAAAUUGCAGUCUAUUCCAAGUCUAGAAGGACUUGUCUCUCUCCAAACAGUAAUUAUUACCAAAUGUCAUGAAUUAGAGCAUCUACCGAGUGGGCUCUCAUCUUGCACUGCUCUGAAGAAAUUGAAGAUAACGGAAUGCUGUAAUUUGGUUUCUAUUCCUAGAGAAUUGAAACAGUUGCAGUAUCUUGUUGCAUUGAAUCUUUUCAGUUGUCCAAAAUUGAAGUUUAUUCCAAGUCUAGAAGGAUUUGUCUCUCUCAAAUCAAUAUAUAUUUCUGAAUGUCAUGAAUUAGAGCGUCUACCGAGUGGGCUCUCAUCUUGCACUGCUCUGGAGAAAUUGGAGAUAACGUUAUGCUUUAAUUUGGUUUCUAUUCCUAAAGAAUUGAAACAGUUGCACUAUCUUGUUGAGUUGGUUUUUGAAAAUUGUCCAAAAUUGAAAUUUAUUCCAAGGCUAGAAGGACUUGUCUCUCUCAAAAUAGUAAUUAUUACCAAAUGUCAUGAAUUAGAGCAUCUACCGAGUGGGCUCUCAACUUGCACUGCUCUGGAGAUAUUGGUGAUAAUGAAAUGCUCUAAUUUGGUUUCUAUUCCUGAAGAAUUGAAACAGUUGCAGUCUCUUGUUUGGUUGUAUAUUUGGGAAUGUCGAAAAUUGAGGAGCAUCCCACAGGAGAUCUUGGGCUCUCUUGCCAGCUUGAAGACAUUAGGGCUUGGCCUUUUCUCAGAAGAGCUGGAGGAAUUCCCAGAUUUGAGUUCCACUUCCUCCUUUGAAGUCUUGCAUUUGGAAGGAUGGGGGGAAUCGCUAACUCUGCCACAUCAAAUUCAUCGCCUCACUGCUCUCAGGAACUUAACUAUCGAAAGCUUCAAUGGAGUGGAAGAAGCUUUAUUGGGAAACCUUUCUUGUCUUAAAACACUUGAAAUUCAACAUUGUUGUCGGUUAAGGUGUCUAUCAAGUGGGCUGUCAUCUGUUGAGGAGCUGGUGAUAACAAAUUGCCCUAAUCUAGUCUCUUUCCAAGGAGAGUUGAAGGAAUUGCGUUUUCUAGAAAUUUCAGGUUAUCCAAAAUUGGGGGGCUUCCUAGAGGAGAGUCUCGCCUGCUGCACUAGGUUGGAGAGAAUAAAGAUCGGCCCUUUCUCAGAAGAGCUGGAAGAAUUCCCAAGUCUGAGUUCCAUCCCCACCUCCCUUGAAGAUUUGACCCUGAUGGGAUGGGAAAAACUAACUCACCUCCCACAAAUUCAACACCUCACUGCUAUAAAGAAGCUGACCAUAUGCGACUUCAGUGGAAUGGAAUCUUUGCCAGACUGGUUUAACAACUUGUCCUGCCUUCAAGAACUUUGUAUUCGGAACUGCCCAAACAAGUUAAAGGAAAGAUGCACCGAGGGAAGCAGUCCUGACUGGCACAAGAUUUCUCACAUUCCAUGCAUCGAAAUACAUGAGCCAUUCAGCUAAUUGGAAUCCGAAUCCGAAGACUGAGGCAAAGAGGAGGAGAGGAAGGAAAGCAGCAGUGUUUGCCAAGCCAAAGACAAUUCUGCCUGUUCUUCAAGGGGCUCGGUUUCAUUUAGUUAAGAUUUGGGAGGAUAUUCAAUGUCAUUUCUUAAUUGCUCUGCUAAUUCUUUGAAAACCAACCAAUUCAUGGGAUUGACGUGGAUGAUGUUCAAGGUCCCUCUGUUGUUUCAGCAGUGCGUGAGUUUGAUUCCAAUAUGUUGUCCAUUGUUUGUGCAUACCUGUCUUUUUUUCAAAUUAUCACAACCCUUGGUCUUUCAAAAGAGGGAUCCCAAUGUAGAUUUUAAUACCGUGUCUGUACUCAUGUACAAUCAUUUGUUUUUGCAGAUUUUCUUUGUGCCGUCUGGUUGCUGGUUUGGUUCCCAUAAUCAUAUGAACAGAUAGAAGUACUUGUGUUUUGGAUAUUGAUUCAUAGUUAGCAUGAAAUGAAGGUGUUAAUUUUCAUGCUUUCUAAUAGACAAAUCCAAUAAAUUUUUGUUGCAACUUGUAUUAUAAUUCACCUUUGGCAACACGAGACAAAUGAUACUCUAGGCCAUACUCAAAGUCAGAUAGAUUUUGUUGUAAACAACAUUGAAGCUACUUCUAUGCUUCUUUAUAUCUUGAGAAUUGCUCAAAAGAACCUUCAGUUAUGUGUCCAUAACCAGAGUUUGCCACCAAGGAUAAUAAGAAACUUCAUUCCAU